UGUGAACCCGAAUACCCGCGUCAUCUAAUUUUAGCGGAAGAAAGUAGAAAGUUGUCAUACACCUGGCCUCCCUUAAUCGUGCUUGCUUGUUUUCUUCUUUUUCGUCUCCAGAUUUUUGGGGUUGCAAAUUGCAAUUGUAAUCAUAAUCAUAUUUAACCAAUCAAACCUACUGAAUACUACCUUCCUCCUGGAGAGGUCUUUGUCUCUCUACCGACGUCCUCAUAUUCCUCCAGAAGCCUCUUAAUCGACAAGAUACAAUUUGGGUACGUUAAUAUUUGCCUUUCAUAUUCCCUAUUUCUCCUUUUUAAAAAUAAAGAAAAAAAUCGCAGUGUUUGGGUCAGCUUUCGUGCAUCUAAGCUAAUUCCGUGUGCCGCCUCUCACCACCAGCAACCGAUGUAUCUUCACUCCUCGGAUUUAGUAAUUCAGAUCAACCACAGCUUUGAUUACAUCUCUUCUAGAGCGCGGUGUUAUUCGAACUACUCAAUUGACAAUAAUCUUGCAAAUUAAUUGGGUGGCAGGCAAUGGGAUAUGCAAAUGGUCUUCUAUGUCCACAGGGGAAGCAGCCACUUCUCUCCUUUGGGGUCAUAUCAGAUGUCCAGUAUGCUGAUAUUCCCGACGGUCGCUCAUUCCUUGGUGUGCCUAGGUAUUACCGGCACAGUGUUAGUGUGCUACAAAGGGCAGUUCAGAAAUGGAAUCAAGAAAAGCCUAAGUUUGUUCUUAAUUUUGGGGACAUUGUUGAUGGGUUUUGUCCGAAAGAUCAGUCAAUGAUUGCUGUUAAGAAAAUUGUUAAUGAAUUUGAUAAGUUCAAUGGCCCUGUCCAUCACAUGAUUGGAAAUCAUUGCCUUUACAAUCUUCCUCGAAAGGUCUUGCUUCCAUUGUUGAGAAUCCCUGGCAAUGAAGGUCAUGCAUAUUUUGAUUUUUCUCCAAUUCCAGAAUACAGAUUUGUAAUUCUAGAUGCUUAUGAUAUCAGUGCCAUUGGUUGGCCAGAAGAUCACCCAAAUACGCUGAAGGCCUUGAAAGUUCUUCAGGAGAGAAAUCCAAACUCAGACAAAAACAGUCCAAAUGGACUUGUGGGAGCUGAGAGAAGGUUUCUCAAAUUCAAUGGAGGUGUUGGGGAAGAACAAUUGGAAUGGCUGGAUCAUGUCCUUCAGGAAGCUACCAAGUUGAAUCAAAAUGUUAUAGUGUGUUGCCAUCUGCCUUUGGAUCUUGGAGCUUCAUCUCCUGCAGCGUUGUUGUGGAACUAUGAUGAAGUGAUGGAUGUGAUACAUCGCUAUAGCUGUGUGAAGGUCUGUAUGGGUGGACAUGACCAUAAAGGUGGACAUUCAGUUGACUCCCAUGGUGUACAUCAUCGGAUCCUUGAAGCAGCUCUUGAGUGCCCUCCCGGUACUGAUGCUUUUGGACACAUUGAUGCUUUUGAUGAUAGAUUAUUACUUUUUGGUACUGAUAGAAUGAAGAGCACUGAAAUGGUUUUUCGUCACUAGAUCAUACUUGCAAGUUGCAACAAAAAAAUCUACAGGGUGUAAAGUUUACCCACAUACUGUGGUUACAAAAACGGGUGUCAACUAUAAGAUAUGCUAAAAAGCACUGUUCUCAUGAAUGCAAGAGGGACUUGGUUCUUAUGUUAGUUUUGUUGCUUAAACCCAGAUAUCAUGGUUGUUCCGUGUAUGAGGUACAUGUUGGACACUAGUCUUGGCCUUUGGGCUCCAGAAAAUUCCCGAGUGUCUUUUUGGUUUAGCCCGGAUCUGUAGAGUUCCAGAAGUUGCUUCUGUCCUGUAAUAAACAUGGUUGUAUCUGGACCUGAAUUAGUGAAUUCAACCACAGAUACAUUAUGUAAUCAUGUGUCUCUACUAUAUUAUUUGUUCUUUGUUUGCUUUCCUAUAACUAGUUGCAUUAUAAUUGCAGAUGUACCUUAAAUUGAA